AUGAAAUAUUAUAAUCUGUAUUAUCUAAUUAGAUUGCAAUAUGAAUGGAUUAACUCAUUGGACAAUGGGAUUGUUUUUGUAGAAGGAUGCCCUAAAUCUGCAUCAACAACAGCUCAACAAAUUCGAACAGGACAGUUUCUCUUCGCAUUUUUUGCGUGGUCAGAAUAUUUGCUUAGAUUAAUACUGAAACGAGAGCGUGAGACUGGUCAGCAAUCAUAUGCUGUUUGUAUUUUUGAUAUGACUGGAGCAGGGAUCUGGCAAUAUGCAAACCCUAUGGGGCCAAUAAACAGACUUUUUGAGGCAGGAUUAUUAUGUUCAAAUCACAGCCGUUAA